AUGUUACAGAUUCCACUGCUCCCACCAUCGUGGAAGUGAUAUGUGGCUCCUGACAGUACUGCUCCUUUGGGUUCCAGUUGGUGGGCAAGUGGACCCCACAAAGGCCGUGAUCACCCUGCAGCCUCCAUGGGUCAGUGUGUUCCAAGAGGAAAAUGUCACUUUAUGGUGUGAGGGGCCCCGUCAGCUUGGGGACAGCUCCACACAGUGGUUUCUCAAUGGCACAGCCAUUCAGACCUUGACCUCCAGAUACAGCAUCACUGCAGCCAGUGACAAUGACAGUGGUGAAUACAGGUGCCAGACAGGUCUCUCUGUGCCAAGUGAUCCUGUACAGCUGGAAAUCUACAGAGAUUGGCUGCUACUCCAGGCCUCUAGAAGAGUCAUUACUGAAGGAGAACCUCUGACCUUGAGGUGUCAUGGGUGGAAGAAUAAGCUGGUGUACAAUAUAGUUUUCUAUCGAAAUGGCAAAUCCUUUAAGUUUUCUCCUCGAGAUUCUGAACUCACCAUUCUGAAAACCAAUGUGAGUCACAACGGCACCUAUCAUUGCUCAGGCAUGGGAAGGCAUCGAUACACAUCAGCAGGAGUGUCUGUCACUGUGAAAGAGCUAUUUGCAGCUCCAGUACUGAGAGCAUCCUUGUCGUCCCCCCUCAUUGAGGGGGAUCUGGUCAACCUGAGUUGUGAAACAAAGUUGCUCCUACUGAGGCCUGGCAUGCAGCUUUACUUCUCCUUCUAUAUGGGCAGCAAGACCCUGAGGGGCAGGAACACAUCCUCUGAGUAUCAGAUACUAACUAGAAGAGAAGAUUCUGGAUUAUACUGGUGUGAGGCAGCCACAGAAGAUGGAGAUAUCCUUAAGCGCAGCCCUGAGUUGGAGCUUCAAGUGAUGGGCCUCAAGUCACCAACUCCUGUCUGGUUUCACAUCCUUUUCUAUCUGUCAAUGGGAGUAAUAUUUUUGGUGGACACUGUUCUCUUUGUAAAAAUACAUAAAGAACUGCAAAGAAAGAAAAAGUGGAAUUUAGGUAUUUCUUUGGCUUCUGAUCAAGGGAAGAAAGUAACUUCCUACCUUCAAAAAGAUAGAUACUUAGAAGAAAAGGUGAAGUGUCAAGAACAAGAAGAAAUGCUGUAAGAAAGGCCACAGAGAAAGCCCAGGAGAAGGAGAGUGGCAGUUCAGUGGGUGGCCACAGAUCUACCCAGCUCCUAUCCCUUCCUCUGUGGGGGCCCUGAGGCCCAAACAUCCAAAAGCCGAAAAACACUAGAACUGUGGACCUCAUAGCAUGACGGGCUAAAGUCCCAGCUCUUGCCUCCAGAGAUUUAC